AUGGUGUUUACAUAUGAUAGCUUUCUGUUGCCUAUAAGUAAUGCUAUGAAUGCAGUCAAAAUGGUCGUACAGAACGGAACCGUUCAUCAACUUCAAGUUGACAACUAUUUCAUAUACAGAGGAGAAAUAAAAGAUGGUGAGUGUCCAUUCAUACAAAAUGGUACAACUCGAACUUGUCUUGAGGAAUGUCAGAUGGAUAUCAACUGCACAGGGUCUGACAAAUGUUGUUAUAAUGGAUGUGGACACACCUGUCAAAAACCAGUGGAGGAUCACAAAACAUCCCCCUGUGAUGACAUGGAGUACCUACUGGAGGUAGGGGGGAAAUGUGCCCCUUUGUAUAAAACUAAUCUGACCACAGCUAGAGAUAAUCAAACAUUUUGUAGUGUGCUUGGUGAAUUCAUCAAAUGUUCGAUGGAAAUAGUAACGAAAGAGAAAGGAGUUCAGUGUACUCUUAAUCAGAUAUCUGCAGCCAUGAGAAAUCUUGGAUCAAGAAUGAAAGCAGACUUGAAUCUGACAUAUAAUCCUGCUGACUGCUAUAAGGACAUUGAAAAGAUUAUGGUGAAGAGAGUAGCCUUCAGCGUGCGAUUGAGGUCCUUGAAUUGGAGUGAAUCUUUGUCUGAUUCAGAGUCUCCAUAUUUUCAAGAAUGGAAUCGAAGUAUCAUUUCAAAUAUUUCAGCAGCAUCUGAGAACCACCCAGCAAUUCUAGGAAUUACUGUGGUCAGAUUUAGGAAGGGAAGUGUAUAUGUUGAUAUUGAAAUCAAACUGGACACCAGCAAACUGUCGCUAGCAGAUCUUAAAACUUCAGUUUUCGAAGAAACAAAGAAGGGCAGAAUUCACAUUCUAGAAGUGGACAACUAUUUCUUAUUUAGAGGAGAACUGAAGGACGGUGAAUGUCCAGCUGUAGCAAGAAACGCCACCGGAAUAUGUGCAGAAGAGUGUCAGAUGGACAGCAAUUGUACAGGGACACAAAAAUGCUGCUUUAAUGGAUGUGGUCAUACUUGUCAAGAUACAGUGGAGAAUUACAAAACAUCCCCCUGUGAUGACAUGGAGUACCUACUGGAGGUAGGGGGGAAAUGUGCCCCUUUGUAUAAAACUAAUCUGACCACAGCUAGAGAUAAUCAAACAUUUUGUAGUGUGCUUGGUGAAUUCAUCAAAUGUUCGAUGGAAAUAGUAACGAAAGAGAAAGGAGUUCAGUGUACUCUUAAUCAGAUAUCUGCAGCCAUGAGAAAUCUUGGAUCAAGAAUGAAAGCAGACUUGAAUCUGACAUAUAAUCCUGCUGACUGCUAUAAGGACAUUGAAAAGAUUAUGGUGAAGAGAGUAGCCUUCAGCGUGCGAUUGAGGUCCUUGAAUUGGAGUGAAUCUUUGUCUGAUUCAGAGUCUCCAUAUUUUCAAGAAUGGAAUCGAAGUAUCAUUUCAAAUAUUUCAGCAGCAUCUGAGAACCACCCAGCAAUUCUAGGAAUUACUGUGGUCAGAUUUAGGAAGGGAAGUGUAUAUGUUGAUAUUGAAAUCAAACUGGACACCAGCAAACUGUCGCUAGCAGAUCUUAAAACUUCAGUUUUCGAAGAAACAAAGAAGGGCAGAAUUCACAUUCUAGAAGUGGACAACUAUUUCUUAUUUAGAGGAGAACUGAAGGACGGUGAAUGUCCAGCUGUAGCAAGAAACGCCACCGGAAUAUGUGCAGAAGAGUGUCAGAUGGACAGCAAUUGUACAGGGACACAAAAAUGCUGCUUUAAUGGAUGUGGUCAUACUUGUCAAGAUACAGUGGAGAAUUACAAAACAUCCCCCUGUGAUGACAUGGAGUACCUACUGGAGGUAGGGGGGAAAUGUGCCCCUUUGUAUAAAACUAAUCUGACCACAGCUAGAGAUAAUCAAACAUUUUGUAGUGUGCUUGGUGAAUUCAUCAAAUGUUCGAUGGAAAUAGUAACGAAAGAGAAAGGAGUUCAGUGUACUCUUAAUCAGAUAUCUGCAGCCAUGAGAAAUCUUGGAUCAAGAAUGAAAGCAGACUUGAAUCUGACAUAUAAUCCUGCUGACUUGAAGAGAGUAGCCUUCAGCGUGCGAUUGAGGUCCUUGAAUUGGAGUGAAUCUUUGUCUGAUUCAGAGUCUCCAUAUUUUCAAGAAUGGAAUCGAAGUAUCAUUUCAAAUAUUUCAGCAGCAUCUGAGAACCACCCAGCAAUUCUAGGAAUUACUGUGGUCAGAUUUAGGAAGGGAAGUGUAUAUGUUGAUAUUGAAAUCAAACUGGACACCAGCAAACUGUCGCUAGCAGAUCUUAAAACUUCAGUUUUCGAAGAAACAAAGAAGGGCAGAAUUCACAUUCUAGAAGUGGACAACUAUUUCUUAUUUAGAGGAGAACUGAAGGACGGUGAAUGUCCAGCUGUAGCAAGAAACGCCACCGGAAUAUGUGCAGAAGAGUGUCAGAUGGACAGCAAUUGUACAGGGACACAAAAAUGCUGCUUUAAUGGAUGUGGUCAUACUUGUCAAGAUACAGUGGAGAAUUACAAAACAUCCCCCUGUGAUGACAUGGAGUACCUACUGGAGGUAGGGGGGAAAUGUGCCCCUUUGUAUAAAACUAAUCUGACCACAGCUAGAGAUAAUCAAACAUUUUGUAGUGUGCUUGGUGAAUUCAUCAAAUGUUCGAUGGAAAUAGUAACGAAAGAGAAAGGAGUUCAGUGUACUCUUAAUCAGAUAUCUGCAGCCAUGAGAAAUCUUGGAUCAAGAAUGAAAGCAGACUUGAAUCUGACAUAUAAUCCUGCUGACUUGAAGAGAGUAGCCUUCAGCGUGCGAUUGAGGUCCUUGAAUUGGAGUGAAUCUUUGUCUGAUUCAGAGUCUCCAUAUUUUCAAGAAUGGAAUCGAAGUAUCAUUUCAAAUAUUUCAGCAGCAUCUGAGAACCACCCAGCAAUUCUAGGAAUUACUGUGGUCAGAUUUAGGAAGGGAAGUGUAUAUGUUGAUAUUGAAAUCAAACUGGACACCAGCAAACUGUCGCUAGCAGAUCUUAAAACUUCAGUUUUCGAAGAAACAAAGAAGGGCAGAAUUCACAUUCUAGAAGUGGACAACUAUUUCUUAUUUAGAGGAGAACUGAAGGACGGUGAAUGUCCAGCUGUAGCAAGAAACGCCACCGGAAUAUGUGCAGAAGAGUGUCAGAUGGACAGCAAUUGUACAGGGACACAAAAAUGCUGCUUUAAUGGAUGUGGUCAUACUUGUCAAGAUACAGUGGAGAAUUACAAAACAUCCCCCUGUGAUGACAUGGAGUACCUACUGGAGGUAGGGGGGAAAUGUGCCCCUUUGUAUAAAACUAAUCUGACCACAGCUAGAGAUAAUCAAACAUUUUGUAGUGUGCUUGGUGAAUUCAUCAAAUGUUCGAUGGAAAUAGUAACGAAAGAGAAAGGAGUUCAGUGUACUCUUAAUCAGAUAUCUGCAGCCAUGAGAAAUCUUGGAUCAAGAAUGAAAGCAGACUUGAAUCUGACAUAUAAUCCUGCUGACUGCUAUAAGGACAUUGGAAAGAUUAUGGUGAAGAGAGUAGCUUUCAGCGUGCGAUUGAGGUCCUUGAAUUGGAGUGAAUCUUUGUCUGAUUCAGAGUCUCCAUAUUUUCAAGAAUGGAAUCGAAGUAUCAUUUCAAAUAUUUCAGCAGCAUCUGAGAACCACCCAGCAAUUCUAGGAAUUACUGUGGUCAGAUUUAGGAAGGGAAGUGUAUAUGUUGAUAUUGAAAUCAAACUGGACACCAGCAAACUGUCGCUAGCAGAUCUUAAAACUUCAGUUUUCGAAGAAACAAAGAAGGGCAGAAUUCACAUUCUAGAAGUGGACAACUAUUUCUUAUUUAGAGGAGAACUGAAGGACGGUGAAUGUCCAGCUGUAGCAAGAAACGCCACCGGAAUAUGUGCAGAAGAGUGUCAGAUGGACAGCAAUUGUACAGGGACACAAAAAUGCUGCUUUAAUGGAUGUGGUCAUACUUGUCAAGAUACAGUGGAGAAUUACAAAACAUCCCCCUGUGAUGACAUGGAGUACCUACUGGAGGUAGGGGGGAAAUGUGCCCCUUUGUAUAAAACUAAUCUGACCACAGCUAGAGAUAAUCAAACAUUUUGUAGCGUGCUUGGUGAAUUCAUCAAAUGUUCGAUGGAAAUAGUAACGAAAGAGAAAGGAGUUCAGUGUACUCUUAAUCAGAUAUCUGCAGCCAUGAGAAAUCUUGGAUCAAGAAUGAAAGCAGACUUGAAUCUGACAUAUAAUCCUGCUGACUGCUAUAAGGACAUUGGAAAGAUUAUGGUGAAGAGAGUAGCCUUCAGCGUGCGAUUGAGGUCCUUGAAUUGGAGUGAAUCUUUGUCUGAUUCAGAGUCUCCAUAUUUUCAAGAAUGGAAUCGAAGUAUCAUUUCAAAUAUUUCAGCAGCAUCUGAGAACCACCCAGCAAUUCUAGGAAUUACUGUGGUCAGAUUUAGAAAGGGAAGUGUAUAUGUUGAUAUUGAAAUCAAACUGGACACCAGCAAACUGUCGCUAGCAGAUCUUGAAGCUUCAGUUUUCGAAGAAACAAAGAAGGGAAGAAUUCACAUUCUAGAAGUGGACAACUAUUUCUUAUUUAGAGGAGAAAUGAAGGACGGUGAAUGUCCAGCUGUAGCAAGAAACGCCACCGGAAUAUGUGCAGAAGAGUGUCAGAUGGACAGCAAUUGUACAGGGACACAAAAAUGCUGCUUUAAUGGAUGUGGUCAUACUUGUCAAGAUACAGAAGCGAAAGUGAAUGCAUGUGACAACAUUACAUACGUGAAAGAAGCUAGUGAUAAGUGUCUCACAGAGCAUCAAGCUAAUCUGACAACUUCAGACUUCCAUGCUUUCUGCAGUGCAAUGCAAGAAUUUACCGAGUGUUCAAUGGAUUUUAUUACAAAAGAAUCUGGUGUCCGAUGUACUCCCGAUCAAACUAACACAGCUGUGAAAACACUAGGUCCUGAACUGAAACAAUACCUGAACAUAACAAACAACCCUGAAGAUUGUUUUAUUGAUCUACAAACAAAAAAAGAGAUGACAACAACCAUCCGACAAUAACGUUAUACUAAGCGUGGACUUGAGUUGCUUUGUUGCUCCUGAAUACGCAUCUAUUUAAUUUACAAAAAGAAAAUGUAUAAUUAUCAGUUAAUCUGAAACACUUUAUCUGCACAGCAUAUACUAAAUUUUGCACUUUAAAUCCAUGAAU